GCAUGAGCGAGGCUUCAUCAUCGGUGGCAGAUUCUGGCGAUUGCAAAUCGUCACCGUCUUUGUCGAAGGACGACAAGCCUCGGACUCGCGUGACCUCCCCGAGGGGGAAGGACAAGAAGCCCACGCUCUUCAGCACCUUCACGCAGCAUGACUUGGCGUUGCGGAAAGAAGCAACAGAAGUGGCGAAGUCGCAAUCGGCGCAGGUCAGCGACAACGGCUCCGAGGAGGAACGUCCUAGUUGGAUCUUCCGUGUCGUCAAUCACCACUGGUUCGAUGCCUUCUUCUCCGUGGUGGUGAUCACGAACUCCAUCUUCAUUGGCAUCGAUGUUGAGCUGAACCCAUCAGCGAUGGGCUCACGCUCAAGCGUCAUCGUGGUCAUACAGUAUAUCUACACUCUUCUGUUUUGCAUCGAGCUCGUCUUCCGUUCCGCAGCCCUGGGCAGAGACUACUACUGUUCCAAGGAGUGGAUGUGGGCCGCGCUUGACGUGUUCAUCGUCGCCACCUCUCUGUGGGAAGUCUUCGUAGACACGUGGUAUGCUAUCGUCGGAGAUGAGGGAGGCCUGGAGAGCUUCGGGGGCCUUACCGGCCUGAAAGCUUUCAGGAUCGUGCGGAUCACGCGCAUUGUGAAGACGGUGCGCUUGAUGCGCAUCUUCCGUUUCGUUCUCGCGCUGAGAACUCUGAUCCACUCCAUCUGGCACACCUUGAAGUCAUUGUUCUGGGCUUUGGUGCUGCUUCUCUUGAUCGUGUACAUCUUUGGAAUGAUUUUUACUCAAGCUGUGAAUGGUCACAUCUUCGAUCCAGACUCGUCUGGACUGUCUGAUGAGGAGACUGAUAUCAGCUUGCAAUACUACGGGAAACUGACCAUCACCAUGUUGAGCCUGUUCAUGAGUGUAACCGACGGCAUCAGUUGGGAGAAGAUCAACCAACCACUGGCCGACAUCUCGCCUUUCUUGAGCUUGUUGUUCUUGUUUUAUAUAGCAUUUACGUAUUUUGCGGUGCUCAACGUUCUGACAGCGGUGUUCUGUCAAAGUGCAAUUGAGAGCGCGCAGAACGACCACGCCACUGCGGUGCAGUCCAUGCUUGCGAACAAGGAGAUGCAUCUGCAGAAGAUCCGGGCGCUGUUCAGCCAACUGGGAAGCCAACAGUCCGGCACAAUCACUUUUGGUCAGUUUGAGGAAAAGAUCAAUUCUGCAGAAGUCCGUGAGUACUUCGAGACGCUCGGAUUGGAUGUUGAGGAUGCAUGGAGCUUUUUCAAGCUGCUGGACCAGGACGGCGGUGGAUCUGUGGAGGUCGAAGAGUUCCUGAGAGGUUGCUUGCGAUUCCGAGGCAAUGCCAAGGCUAUCGACAUCGGGCAACUGCUCCACGAUCAAAGCUGGCUGAUUCGACAUCAGAGCAGAUUUCACACCUAUAUGGAGAUGGAGCUACAGAAGCUGAUGCAGCAGAUCGCAUCACUGUCCACAUUGAUGAACAGUCCGGCUGAUGGAACACCGCGGCGCAACCGCAAGAGGACGGAGGAGGAGAAAAGCCUGAAAGCUGCUGCUGCCGCUGCAGAGAAAUCCAGGGAAAAUGCAGAAGGGGUCCACUCGUCAUAG